CUUCUUCUCUUCAUCCCGCUCACUGUGUGUCAAUUUCUUCCAUCUAUCAAAAGCGCUGGUCUGCUUUCCCUGGGUCCACCGGUUUUGCUUACACUCUCCUUUCCCUUCGAGACCUCAAUACUACGAACUGUCACUCCCUCGGACGACACUCCUAAUUAUUCUUGUAAUCUUUCACUUCAUCGACCGUCCCAGGUGGCACUGAUCGACAACCAAUUUCCCUAACAACAACAUCAUCGUCCGAGUAUCUAUCCCCGAAGAACAGCAGAUCGAAAGGGAAGGAAGAUCCAGGACGAGUACCGCUGCAAGAAACCACACACAAACUUAAUCGACAAUGCCCUCCAUAAUGAAGACCGCCCUCGUCGCCUGCCUCGCCGCAGUAGCCGCCGCCGCCCCUCUGGGACCCAAGUUGAACGCCGAGCAGAUGAAGAUCUACGACCUGGCCAAGAGGCAACAGGCCGGAGCUGGCGCUGCUGGACUGACGGAUAUCGACAUUCUUCAAUUCGCCCUUACCUUGGAAUGGCUCGAGGGAACCUUCUACCAGCAAGGCUUCCAAAAGUUUCCCGCACAGGAGUUCCAGGCUCUCGGUCUGUCCCAAGAGCAGGUCAACGACCUGCAACAGGUCGGAGCCACUGAGCUGUCGCACGUCUCUCUCCUGCAGUCCGCCAUUGCCCAGGCCGGGACCCAACCCGUUCAGCCCUGCCAGUACAACUUCGGCUUCACGAAUGCUGCUGGCAUGGUCCAGACUGCUGCUGUCCUCGAGAAUGUUGGUGUUUCUGCCUACCUCGGCGCCGCUCCCCUCAUCAAGGACAAGGCUAUUCUCGGUACUGCUGGCUCCAUCCUCACCAUCGAGGCUCGCCACCAGACCUUCAUCCGCGGCGCCUCCAAGCAGAUCGCCAUUCCUCAGGCUUUCGAUGCCCCUCUCGGCGUCCGCGCCGUCUUCUCUCUGGCUGCUCCCUUCAUAACAUCCUGUCCCCAGGGCUCCAACUUGGCUCUGCAGGCUUUCCCCAAGCUGACCAUGACCGCUCCCGCCAACCCUGCCGCCGUCGCUGUCGGCGCUCCGAUCAUGCUUCAGUCGGAUGCUGCUUCCCAGGCCCAGGCUUGUGCCUUCACCACUGGUGGCAUCCAGCCCGGCGGAACUGCCUUCACCCCCUUCAACCCUCAGCAGGGUUGUGUCGUUCCCCAGGGUCUCAGCGGCGUUGUCUACCUCUCCCUCACGAACCAGGCCCCGAUGGCCGGCACGCUCACCGAUGAGAUCAUUGUGGCUGGUCCCAUGGUGCUUACUAUCUCGUAAGCGCGUCCCGUGAGUCGGAGCACGUAGUCGCCCUUUUGGGGUGGCUGAAAAGGACGUGACGGGCGUGCGUUGAUUAAUACUGAGGGGACACGAAAAAGUCAAAAGGGGGAACAAGCGCAUGAUACCUCGCUUUACGACAUCAGGAAGUUGGGAUAGUCAAGACCAUGCUCAGCCAUAUUUCGAAAAUGUCGACCUUCUUUUUUUUCUGACUCCCCACUCUCUCCAAAAAAGCCCCCCAUCCGGCCGACAAUAACC